AUGUCGGGGAAUAUCAGCGCUUCGUCUCUGGUCCUUUCCUUGCUCAAACCUACGCUACUUCUAGCAAUUUGCUUCAUCUCUUACAAAUCUUUCCGUUUCUUCAAUCGGCGCCGUCAUUACAAGAAGCUCGCCAAAGCAUGGGGUUGUGCUCCUCCCAAGGCGAUGAAGGUGAAGGACCCUGUCUUUGGCCUGGAUCUUCUACGGAAAGUCUUGAAGGAUCUUGCCAAUCAUUGCCUUUUAGAGGAGAACCAAAAAGCCUUCAAGAAAUUACAAGCAAACACGAUUUCCAUUAUGUCGCAGUAUAGAGUCAUAACUACAACAGAGCCAGAGAAUGUGAAAUGCAUCCUAGCUACCAAAUUCAAGGAUUUCAAAAUCGAUGAUAACAGGAAGAAAGCGCUGAUUCCCAUAAUCGGAGAAGGGAUUUUUACGUCGGACGGACAAGCUUGGGAGCACUCGCGGGGUUUGCUCAAGCCCCAAUUCGCCCGAGCCCAGUUUGACGAUGCGGAACUCUUCGAUAAGCAUGCUGAUAAUCUCAUCAAAGCGAUACCGAGAAAUGGGGAAGAAGUAGAUUUGCAGCCAUUGCUCGGCUCUGCAGGCCUAGAUAUUGUGACAGAAUUCCUUUUUGGCCAUAGCACAGGAUCCCUAGAUCCAGAACGACUCAAAAACGGUAGCACUACUAAAAGUGGCGCAGAGAAGUUCUACGAAGCCUUCGCUUAUCUUGUGCAAGGUAUCAACGGGCAAAAUUCGCGCUUCGGUGUCCUUGGUCUGUUCUUGCCCGACUGGACUACGAAAAAGCACGUCAAAAUCAUGCACAAUUUUGUUGACGAAAUCAUCGAGACGGCAGUGGCAGAGCAGAAGAAGUCAAGUGCAUCGCUCGACUCAAAGCCCCAGCGGUACACAUUGCUCUCAGAACUCGUGAAGUCGACGGAUUAUUCUCAAGAAGUGUCGCGAGAAAGGCUCAGAUCUGAGCUGUUGAAUAUCCUACUAGCCGGUCGAGAUACGACAGAUUCACUCAUAAGCAACAUCUCUUUUGUGCUCUCGCAGCGCCCCGACAUACUAGCGAAAUUGCAACAAGAAAUAUCGGACUCUGACAUCCCCCUUACACCCAGCUUCUCCCAAAUUAAAUCGCUGCAAUAUCUGCGAGCUGUCAUAAACGAAUCGGAGCGUUUGUACCCGAACGUACCGGAGAACAAUCGUCAGGCUGCCACGGAUACAAUCCUACCACUCGGAGGAGGUCCCGAUGAAAAGGCUCCGGUCUUUGUGGCAAAAGGCACGCUCGUGGCUUGGAGUGUCUACACCAUGCAGCGACGAAAAGACUUAUACGGCGAUGAUGCUGACGAAUUUAAGCCGGAGAGGUGGCUGGAUAUUAAAGGUGGCGAAGAGGGAGAAGGAGGAGGAGGAGAAAAGAAAGGGCUUCGAGUCUCAUGGGAGUAUCUCCCCUUCCAUGGGGGACCAAGAGUCUGUCUUGGCCAGCAGUUCGCUCUGAUGGAGGUAAGCUACCUGACCGUCAAAAUCGUGCGGGAGUUUAAGACUAUUGAGGCUGUGGAGAAGAGACCUUGGAGAGAGAAGAUAGGAAUUGUUGCUACCAUUGAUGGUGGGGUCAAAGUGAAGGUCAAACCAUGGACGUGA